CUGCGCUUUCCUGAACGCAGCUGUGGGACCAGAAAAGACGUGGCCGCCGUCCAUAGUGGCGUUUCACGGUUUCUGACUGUUCGUGUCCCUCACCCGCCAACUCCUCUCCUUUGGCUCCCACGAUGCCGAUGUACCAGGUAAAGCCCUAUCACGGGGGCGGCGCAUCUCUCCGUGUAGAGCUUCCCACCUGCAUGUACCGGCUCCCCAACGUGCACGGCGGGACCAGCUGCCCCGCGCCGAAUGCGGGCCACGUGCAGGGAGAGUCUUACCCAUCUCUUCAAACUCUUGAGUCCCGUCAAGAUGAUAUUUUAAAACGUCUGUAUGAAUUGAAAGCUGCAGUUGAUGGUCUCUCCAAGAUGAUUCAGACGCCAGAUGCAGACUUGGACGUAACCAACAUAAUCCAAGCCAGUGAGCCCUCUGCGUUAUCGACCAGUGCAUUAGACUUAAAUUCAGUGCUUGGAAAGGAUUACGGGGCGCUGAAAGACAUCGUGAUCAACGCGAACCCCGCCUCGCCUCCCCUGUCCCUCCUCGUGUUGCACCGGCUGCUCUGUGACCACUUCAAGGUCCUGUCCACUGUCCACACGCAUUCAGCAGUCAAGAACGUGCCAGAAAACCUUCUCAAGUGCUUUGGCGAGCAAACAAAAAAUCAGUCUCGUCAUGAGUAUCAGCUGGGUUUUACUCUAAUUUGGAAAAAUGUGCCAAAGACUCAGAUGAAGUUCAGUGUCCAGAGGAUGUGUCCCAUCGAAGGAGAAGGGAACAUUGCCCGGUUCUUGUUCUCUCUGUUUGGCCAGAAGCAUAACGCUGUCACUCUAACCCUCAUAGAUAGCUGGGUGGAUAUAGCCGUUUUUCAGUUGAGAGAGGGAGGCAGUAAAGAAACAGCCGCCGUGUUCCGCUCCAUGAACUCCGCUCUCGGGAAGAGCCCGUGGCUCGUCGGGAGCGAGCUCACCGUGGCCGACGUCGUGCUGUGGUCUGUGCUCCAGCAGACGGGGGGCUGCAGUGUGCCAGCGCCGGCCAACGUGCAGAAGUGGCUGAGGGCCUGUGAGAACCUGGCCCCCUUCAGCACUGCCCUCAAGCUCCUUCAGUGAGUCUCGGUAACUGACAUGAAAGAGUUUAGAUUUUCAGAAUGGUGCUGUUUCAUGCCUGUCGUUGGUAAAGGGGCUUGUACUAAAAAAGGAUUUAGGCCAGUUGUCGAGUAUCAAUAAAAGUACCAUGUAA